AUGUCUUCAAUAGCAACUGCUGAGCCAGAUGAGGACCGGCGUGACAGGCAUGUCAGCAAGCUCAUCUUCUUCCUCUUUGUCUUCGGUGCUGUCCUGCUGUGUGUGGGAGUCCUGCUCUCCAUCUUUGGGUACCAGUCUGGGAGGUACAAACCCCUCCCAGACUGCAGCCUGGUGUUGAAAGUCGCUGGGCCUUCAUGUGCCGUGGUUGGGCUUGGGGCUGUGAUCCUGGCUCGAUCCCGUGCACGACUUCAGCUCCGGGAGAGACAGCAACGUGGCAGCAGCCACACAGACAGUGACCAGGACUUUGUCUGUGGAGAGAGCCGCCAGUUUGCCCAGUGCCUCAUUUUCGGGUUUUUGUUCUUGACCAGCGGCAUGCUUAUCAGCAUUCUGGGCAUCUGGGUCCCCGGAUGUAGCUCAGACUGGGCGCAGGAGCUGCUGAAUGAGACGGACACUAUAGACCCGGAGCCCCAGAUCUGUGGGUUCCUUUCUCUGCAGAUCAUGGGGCCCUUGAUUGUGCUGGUGGGUUUGUGUUUCUUCGUGGUCGCCCACGUUAAGAAGAAAAACAACUUGAGUGCGCACCAUGAGGCCACUGAAGAGGGACACACCCACAGUAUGGAUCCUGUCCAGGUCACUGUAGGUGACUCGGUGAUAGUAUUCCCACCUCCUCCACCACCGUACUUUGCUGAGUCUUCAGCUCCUGCAGGAACUCGAAGUCCUGGAGCUAACAGCUCGCUUCCGUCUGAAAGCCCACCUUCAUAUUACAGUCUUUAUAGCUAUGGCAGGACCCCCACUCCUGAGGGACAGGACGCGACCUCUGAAAGAGAGCGGGAAUUCAUCUACACCAUCUCUGGGACUAAUGCACCCUCUGAGAUCUCACACCCUCCACAUCCUACAUUGGACUUGCCCCCUAGAUAUGAAGAGAAAGAAAACGUAACAGCCACCUCCUUGGCUCCAUCUUCUGAGCCUUCCCCACCAUGA